AUGUCCGAUAUUCAAUACGCUCGAUCAACUGCUCUGUUUGCCAAUGGAAUAUUCGCUGGAUUUAGCCUUUGUAUGAAAGCGGCCUGCCUACCAUCUGCAAAAGCGUCGCUAAACCCCACAACUGCAUUCCGCACGCUCUACAAAAACGGAACACCAAUAGGAGCUUUGGUAAUCCUCGUAUCAAGUGCAGCCAACUUCUACAUUUAUUAUAGAACUCGCGAGUCUCGUUCGCUAUACCUUGGCCUACUUUCGUUUGCCAGUCUCCCCUAUACAUUUCUUGUGAUGAAUCCACUGAAUAAAAGGCUUUUUGCUCUCGACGCAACCAUUUCUAAAGAGAGCAACCCAGAGAUAUCUCUCCACAAGAAAGAAGCUUUAGGUAUUCUCACCAAAUGGAACAAACUCCAGUUGUUUAAAGUAGUUACGAGUGUAUCAGCCUUUUUUAUCAGUGUAAUAAACAUUUGA